AUGUCUAAUUCAGACUGGCCGGUAGCUGAUUCAAACAGCGCUUCUCGACAAGCUGCAGUGAAAUCUCUCCAGGAUACGGAUCGUGCGGUUAUGGAAGCUGCGCAGUAUCUUCGAAUGAAGAAAGGCGAUAACGCAGCUCCUCUUGCCAGUGAUAUUGAUAGUGAUUCGGAAGAUGAUGAAAAGAACAAGAAAGGGCGUAAAAAGAGCUCUCUUGACCCGGAAACAGUAGAUGCUCUCGGGGAGUUUUCGUUCCUGAAAGACGAGAAAACAGGUGCAACAAAGAAGAAAGCCGAAGGAAGUGGUGAAUGGGGCGUAAAUCAACGAGCUAUCGAUCAAAUGAAGGAAAAGUUCAGAUCAGAGCAGGAAAGAAAACGAAGUAACAGUCAAAGUGAAGGAGCAUCAGUUUCUAAGGGAUCGACGGCGCAUCAGAUUCGUGUGGGCCCAGAGGAAAACAAAAAAGACACACCUGCAGCAGGAGCAGAUGAUAUCCAGCAGUUUUUCGGUGGUAAAGGCAAGCGUGAAUAUUCGGAUAUUAACACUGCACUUGGAAUCGCCGACGAGGCCACUGUUGAUAUCAAGGAUGAUUUCGUUCUGCCUGAUGAGGAUACUUCGAACGUCCGAUGGAAUCUGAAGUUCACGCUUCGUUCACAUUUCGAUAGCAUCCGUGCAAUGCAAUUUCAUCCAGUCGAGCCGGUGCUCGUCACUGCUAGUGAAGACGGUACGGCAAAACUCUGGAAUCUUGGCGGUGCAAAUAUCAAAGGAGGGCAGAUCUCAUCACACUGUACGGCAGUUACCGAACUGGAACCCACUUAUACAUUUCGUGGACACAGUGGACCGAUUGUUUCAAUGGAUAUGUCUCCGACCGGUGAUAUGUGUUAUACAGGAGGCUUUGAUGGUGUUGUGUGUUGUUGGUCCGUCCCGUCCGUUAAUACUGACAUCUAUGAGCCAUACGAUUCGAAAGUGCUUUGCGAGAAACUGAAAGGGCAUAGCAAUAUUGUUUGGUCAGUUGCGUUCCAUUCGUCUGACAAUCGUCUUGUGAGCGCUUCUGCGGAUACCACUGUGAAACUUUGGGAACCAGGAAGUACGGAGCCACUUAUCAAGACUUUUAACGCCCCAUUACCACACCUUUGCCCAACAUCCGUGGACUUUGUUUCUACCGAACCGCAACAGUUACUGGCAGCCUACACAUCAUCUUACGCUUCAAUAAUUGACCUCGAGACCGGCUGCACUGUGCUCUCUUUCGAUUUUGGUGAAGGUAAUUUUGCUUUCUUUUCUGAUUUUGCGGAGACCGUGUUGAAUGUUCGCCUGCUUCAUGUUUAUAAACCACAAAGCCGAUUCUAG